UUCAGAGAUGGCCGAUAUAAACAAGAAGGACUCUAUGGAUAUUCAGCAGAACCCCGAACCUGCAGAUUUUCAAGCCAGGCUCGAUCCCACAAACGUCGGCAACAAGCAUUUUCGUAGUCAGUCAGAUAUGACUCACAGAGCGCAACAACCGAUGUUUGUUCCUACGAAAUCACCUCCUCCUGCUUAUAACGCGAAAGCUCCAGCACCUCCUCUUGCAGUAACAUUUCGAGAGACUGGCGGGGGCCCAAGCGUGGAGGAGCAAUGUACGAUAGAAUAUAUCCGAUCAUUUCUCGGGUCGUCGGAUUUCAACGAGGAUCUAUGCCUGAAAGCCAUCAGGCAUCCUCGACUACGUAGUCAGAAGAAUAACAAUGAGGAAGAGUAUCUACAAGAAGUUGUUGGAGUUUAUAUGGAUGAACUGAAUCAGACUAAUGAGAAGCAACAACGCUCACAAACUCCGCGUCCGGUCCAGACCUGCGCUAAUCGACCCAUGCAGACCAUUGAAGAAGCUGCCGCUGAGAUGGCACAGCAAGGUGGAGCCGUUCAUGUGGUUCCUACAACAUGCACUGGCUCCACUGCUACGUCCACAGCUACUCCCAUGCCAGCGCUACCGUCUGCAGCUGAGAGAGAACAGAGUGACAUAGAAAAAGCCAUAGCCGAAUCUCUCAUUUCACAAGGCCCACCUGGGAAUCGCUCUUAUAACUCAUCACUACCAGCAAAUCCUGAAGAGAUGCUCAGAAAAGAAGGCGUAUCGGUUGGCCUACAUAACACCGGUAACACAUGCUGGUUUAACGUUGUAGCUCAACUGCUGUUCCACUUGCCUCGAUUUCGACGUGUAGUCUACGAAUAUGUUCCUCAAAGUUCUGACAUAGUAAAUGAGGAACAAGCAACCGAAGGCGAUUUGGUUGACAAAAUGCGCUUUCUUUUUGCAAGUAUGGACAUAGGAAAUAGGCGAUACAUUGAUCCAUCAGAAGCAUUGAAAAUUGUUAGUGCAUUGGCUGCCCGAAGCAGAAGCGACGUCAUACUUGGACGCCAGCAGGAUGCUUCUGAAAUGAUGUCGAGCUUGAUGGAAUGGAUGGAAAAGGGUUUGGCUACACCCAGUGUGGAAGAUGAGCACAUGAAGGAUGCCGCAGCAGAGAUCAUCGGUGCUCCGCAAAUUUCGACACCACUUACGACCAGCCGUAGUUUUGAUGUGAUGGAAACCUCACCUGCAGCAUCGAUAGAGCCGACUCCUGUCAUUGGCGACGGCAAUGUUUCAAAUCAGAAGGAAGAGGCAAAGGUUGAAAGUAUGGUUACUGACCAACCAGCUCCUGGGCCGCCAUCACGAACGCAUCUUGAUUGGAUACGUGAUCUGUUUCAUGGGUAUCAGGCAGAACGGGCUACGAAUGAUAAAAGUUGGACAAAACUGGAGUACACUUCUUUGUUCCCUAUCCACGUUUCUCAUGGAAAUCUCCAUGACGCUCUCGAAGCACACCAGUUUCUUAACGAUUCUGGAAAGGAGCCAUGGUUCGAGUCGUUACCCGCUGUUUUGAUUUUCUCUCUGGGUCGUUAUUUUUUCAACGGAACGAAAGGAGAAACAGAAAAGCUCAACAUGCGAUUCCAUUUUCCUCGUACCAUCUUCAUGGAUCGCUAUAUGGCGAGCAACUACGAUAUCGUGUCUCGUUUGCGCGAGGAAAGAAAUCGACUGCGCAAUGAGCUAUCUGACGUUCGUGCUGCUUUGAAAGGGAUGAAUGAGUUUCCUAUUGGCGAUCAUACGGACAGGAUCGUGAAUAUUUUGAAAGCUACACUACGGUUCGUGGAGGGAGAGAAGUCUGAUAGUGGUGCAAGUGAGAAAAUGGAUGAUGACACGUGUCCUAUUCCUUUGGCUGGCCCAGCUAGUAAGGCUCAAUCUUUUGUGGAAGAUAAACCACCCAUUGCACCAACCGCCACGAACUUGGCUCAGCUGUAUGGAUUUAUGCCUGAGCUGGAGAACUCUAUCAACGAGUUACGAACGAAGCAUAAGCAGCUACAAAUGCGCGAGGGGGAAUUGCUGAAGGCGAUUGAUGAGAUCUAUGAAAUUGAGGAAUUGAAGCAUCGCGGAUACCACCUUCAUGCUGUGGCAAUCCAUCAAGGCCAUGCUAAUGCAGGACACUACUGGGCGUAUGUUAGAAAGGGAGUUGACGAUGACCAUUGGGAGAAGUUCAACGAUCAAAGAGUGGAAAGUGCCGCUUGGAGCGAUAUCGAAGCGGAAGCGGUCGGAGGUACACGAACAACAUCUGCAUACUUCCUCUUGUACGUCAGCUCAGCUGCGGAACCAUGGCUUUUUGCGGAUGACUGCACAGCUUCAAAGUUUCUGGCUGAGGAUGUCCGCCAAUUGGUCUUUGCCGACAAUGAGGCUCUCGAAAGUCAAAUCGAGCACUACCGUUGCACUCAAAAUGAGGAUGCUCGAGGGAAUGCUGAUGUGUAUGAGGUACCAAACGAAGACCGCGGAAAUGGAUUUUCACCAGUUCCGCCUCCUAUCAACGACAAUGAGCAGAUGCUUAGUGCUACACCAACGGAAGCGGCGUUGGCUGAUCAUGAGAACCUGGCUGUAGCUCUAAAGAUGUAUUGUGAGCCUUGGAUUGAUGAAUCAACAUUUGAAAUGGAGCGGCGAAAGCUGUUUGCAAUCAUGGAGUUCAACAAGGCGACUUACCCAAACAAUGUAACACCUGAGAUUGUUUAUGAAAAUCAGGCCAAGUUGCUCUAUCUCAAUGUUCUGAAACCAAUGUUCAUCGCAUUGAUGCGAAAAACCGAGGCUGCUGGUUUGGAAGUGAAACUUAUGGAAAUUUAUAACAAGGUGAUCAGCAACUUUUACAAUGAGAUAGACAACGUACCAUGCAAUAACGCACAAGCUCGUCCUCUUCGAAGCCUACCAGAGUUUUACUACACUAUGGGUUAUCGGUAUCCCGCUAAAACAAUGCGUUUUGCCCUUGUUAAGGCGUUUACCUAUUCAGAAAUCGAAGAUGUGGCAAGAUGUGCACGUGAUGAAAUUGCCGAGUUCGUAAAAAUACCUUUCGCUCCUCACUACAUCGUGCUUUUCCAACGGGCAUCUCAUUUGUAUGAUCUUGUAAAGACUCUGUGGAGUGUUGUGCGGCUAGUGGCAACCGAUAUCAAUCGCAACAACGCUGCAAAUUUGCCAAGAUUGUCUUCGAAAGCGAUCGAGACUUUGGUGAAGCUUUUAAAAAUGGCGAGAUGUGUCACUCAUGUAUACGACCGUGUCUACAUAGAAAUCGGCAACAUUCAGGGAGUACAAUACCAGCAGCAUGCGGAAUGUGCUAUACCAGGUCAUAUCAUCCGUGGGCUCAAUAUAAUUCCAGUAUUGAGCUUGUUUGCUACGAUAGUCCAAUAUUUGGUUGAUCGUGUUGCACCACGAGAAGAUAUUGCCCAGUUUCUACUUGGUUCACUGCUCUCUUUCGAACUCGCGGUCCAUCGUUUGGCCUUGUGGGCUCGAGAAGGAUGCAGGGAUUCAGAUAAGAUAAUAUGUCACAUAAACGACACCCUAAGCAUGAUUGGAGCGGUUUUCCCAAAUACGGCAGCUGCUAAUCAGAAAAGGGAAAUAACACGGAGGAUCCAUGGUGCAACUCAACCGGAUCGUCAUUUUGAAGUUCCAUAUCAGACGUGCAUCUCACAAGCAACGGAUAUAUGUCAUGAAAUGGAGCAGGUCAGCUAUCAAUUGUCGAUACUAGGAUUGGCAGAUCAUACGGAAGCGGACAAUGUAUAUACGAGAAUGAUGGCCGUUGUCAGUGAUAUCAUCAAUAAUGCGAUGCAAUACGAUGAAAAAACCACUGCAUCCAGUCAAACGAGCGCUUUCUAAUCUUACGACCAGCAUCAUGUAUCCGAGGCUCAUUGCCGCCGCAUUUGAACUGUGUCAUGGCUAGUGGCUUAUCCUUAGGCAAAAAUACAGCAAGUUGCUGUAGUAGAGGAGGGAAGUUGUAUGGCUACUCAAACAAAUGCUGGAACACGUGAUGUCUGGCUUUGUAGUACUUUUAGCACAUUGAUCCGUACCACUCGCUUCAUUCGCUCUGCCAUUGCCUUCUCGAAGGUGCGAAAGCAUAGCCUAAUUAGACACUGCUUCGAAGCAGGUCGGUUACGCUGUGAUGGCUUUCCCUAGUCAUUUUACAAGCGCUCUUUAACACUUGCUGUAAUUCAUCUGUAGUCCUUGAAGCUAUGCUUUGGUAGCUUGCCAGAUCGUAUAUGAGCUGCGUUACUACAGUUCUUCUAUCUUUCGUAGCUUUCCUAUGUAUCUCUAGUUAACGGCCCUAUUCUUGGGUCUUUCCUGGUGCUUCCUAAAUCUGGUGCCGAUCUGUGCUUGCAUUGACCGCUUGACAUUUUGAUGCACUCUGUCCACUUCUUUAUCAGUUCGCCCCUUCUUGCCAAGGCGCGCUUCCUUGACACUCUAAGGUCAGUGCUGCGGUAUACAUCCAUUGCGCAUAUUUAUGCAAUCUCACUUCUUUUCGUUCUGUUUCUCUCCCUAUCAAAAUCCUAUUUUAAAGCUUUCAGUCAUCGAUUAGGUUAUGCGCGUGCUUAGCGUCAUAUCCUUUCCCAAUUCAAUCACUUCAACGUCUUGCUUUCUAGAUUCUCAUUUUGUCAAAAGAAAGAGUGAUAACAAGUGUAACGAGCGUGUUUUCAUAAGUGCUGUUGUAAUAUUCACUGUAUGUCUGUCGUCUAAUUUUUUUUUGUUAUUGCGAAAAAUCCAAGUUAUUAGACGCGUGAAGAUCUGCUCUGCUUCCGCGUGAGUGCUCUUGUUCGGCUUCCAAAUCUCUAAUCAUUAGAGAAUGUAGGUAUGCAAUUUCAUUGGGUUCGGUGUCGUGAAACCGACCUAUCACGGUGUAAUAACGGAGUCCAUAGAGUUCUUUUUACUGUAUCUCGGUUCCUGCUAACUGGGUCCUAGCUUUAUAAAGACACCCGUGUAUUUUUUGCUCAUAUCGUUUUGUUAUUGUAUUGUACAGUUUCUUACUAAUUUUUGUUGUUACCGAAGAAUUUAUUGAAUUCAGAUGUAUUUUUCCAGAUGACAAAGAAUGUUUAGAGUUGUUGUAUGUGAUGUUUUUGUCUUACGCCGUGAAAUAAGAAAAUAUUGAAUUUUAUUCUUAUAUAUUCUACCAGUGC